AUGGGCCAUGAAUUCUCACAUGCAGCAUCCCGACGUCUCGCCGACUAUCCCAUGGAUACUUGGACCGCUAGGGAGUUUGCCUCGCGCAUUGAAAGUCUUGGACCUGACUUCAAGCCAGCCGCUGCCUCUUUCCAAGCCCUCAAUGUAACAGGGCGUACAAUUGUUCUCCUGCAAGGUCCCGCACUGGAUGCAUAUCUGAAGGAGGAGAUUGGGAUCGCGUCAUUUGGCUUGCGGAGGAGGAUGGUACAAACGAUUGAAGCAUGGAUCAGUCAAUAUUCCAAAGUUUCACAAGGAAACGCGAGCCAAGUGCAGAGUUCUGAGAUCACUAUGGGCGUACAGCAUAAACACCGGCUCGAGGUGGUUGAUAGCUCCGCGAAUGAUGCACCGAACGAUGCACCGGCUCACGAAACUAAGCGACGCAGGAUAGCACCACAGUUGAUUGGUCCCGCAAGGUCAUCAAUAAGUAAGCCUGCGCAGGCAUCGCAGCUAGCCGACUUUAGUGAUAGAAAGGAGAAUGCUUUACGCAAAGGUGUGCUAAGCCCCGUUGGAUAUCGGCAUGAGGAUGAUCAUUCCGACGGAAUCAUUGUAGAAGGCGCGGAUGGAUUAGAAGUGCACGAGGAGGAGCUAGAGGAAGAAGAGGAGGAAGAUGUGGUUCAGGAAGACGAAAAUGAGGGAAUGUCACCCAAGCAACGAGAAUCGCAGAUACGGGACGUGGCCGUAGGCAAAUACGGCCAGGUUCAAGAUCACAAUGUUACCGAAGAGAAUGCGGAUUAUCGGAGUGAAGAAGAUGAACAGGAGGCCGAUGAUGUAAUAGUUCUUGACAGCGAUGAUGACUUAUAUGAUGAAAAACGAGCCACCAUAUAAUGUUGAUUUAUCAGUGCCGCAAGGCUGGAGGGAGAAGCAUGCGAUCCAGUGUGUACGGUCA